AUGUACAGAGGAAGGAAUAGAUCAAGAAGGAAUGAUGUUAAAGGGCCAAAUUCAGCCCUUACUCAGUUCUUGAAAGAAGAAGGUAUUAGUGCUGAGCAUAUCAAAAAAAGAUGGGAAAAAUCUCAAAAGAAAUCAAAAGAUGGUAGUGUAGAAGGCGAGGACACCGAAGCUAGCUUUACAAAAUCUGAAGUAAGUGAUGUGAAUAGCAACACAGAUAUUAGUAUUAUUGAAAAUGACGAGUUGGAUCUUGACAAACCCGAUGGAUUCACGUCAGUUCAAAGGUCAUAUGUUGAUAGAUUCAAGUCAGUUGGCCAUGACAGUGAUGAGGAAGAGUAUGAAAGCAGCAAAGCAUCUUCAGGGCGGCUAAGUACACCUAAUGAUGAAGAUAAUGACGCCGUCGUAUCAUCAAGAAGAAAGAGAACAAAGGAGUUGCUGCAAUCUCGUAAAAGAAAGAAGAAGAGAGCUGCUAAUCUUUUAAAUAGACAAGAGAAUGUUUUACCCACUUUACAAAAUCUGUGUGUUUUGAAAAUUACAGAAAACAUUUCUACGUGGAGAAGUGACAGUUACAAUAAAAAAAAUCUAGUUUUUAACCACCUAAGAGAUGUUCUUGGUGGUAUUUCCACUGCGAAUCUAAAUAAUUUAGCUAACGCACUUUCCAGAAAUCGGGCUCUCGAUGAUGAGACGCUGCAACUGUUUUUGAAAACUGAUUUGACACAUUUAACUUUCCACGACUGUUCUAAGAUUUCGUUUGAUGGGUAUAAAACACUGGCAAUUUUUUCUCCCCAUUUAACAAGCUUAUCGUUACAGAUGUGUGGCCAAUUAAAUAAUGAAGCAUUGCUAUACCUAGCGGAAAAGUUACCAAAUUUAAACAGUUUAUAUCUGGAUGGCCCAUUUUUAGUUAAUGAAGCAACGUGGGAUGAAUUCUUUGCUAGUAUGAGGGGAAGGUUGAAGGAGUUUUACGUUUCCAAUACCCAUCGUUUCGUAGAUAAGUCAUUGACAAGUCUGCUAGUAAAUUGUCAUGAAAGUCUGCAAUCUCUGGGCUUAUCUAGGCUAGACUCCGUUUUUAACUAUUCAUUACUACCACAAUAUUUGAUAAAUGAAAACUUCCAUACUCUGGCAAUAGAAUACCCGUCUAAUGAAGAAGACGUGCAGGAUGAAGUGAUUAUUAAUAUACUGGGACAAGUCGGUAGGAGUCUCAAAAAUCUUACUCUGAGAGGAUGUAUUGAACUAACGGACUCAAUGAUCAUCAACGGUAUGGUUGCCUUUUUAUCUGGAGAAAAUUCUAAAAACACUACAUUAAAGACACUGAUACUAGACGAUUUGGACCAAGUUACCGCUGAUUCUUUGGUUUACUUCUUUAGUCAAGUAUCUUUACCCUGUCUGGAGAUAUGUAGUUUGAGAAGGUGUGAGAAAGUAGGUGACAUGGCCAUAGUGGAGCUGUUUUUAAACGCUGCCAAGGAUUCGCUGAAAUCUUUACAUCUAAAUUCAAUGAAAGAACUCACAAAGGAGGCAUUCAACGUCUUGAACUGCCCAAACUUGGAGUAUAUUGACCUGGGCUUCGUACGUUGUGUAGACAACCACGUGGUGGAAUUGUUGGGCAAUAAUAACCCCAAAUUAAAGUUGAUGGAUGUCUUUGGUGAUAACUUAGUUACAGAAAAGGCUAAAAUUAGAGACAGACUCACAGUCAUUGGUAGACAGAGUGAUAGUAUAUAG